UCGAUCCUUGUUUGGUUAACUACGUGUACGCGAGCAAAGUGAACAGAUUGAACGUGUGAUGUGAAUGCUCAGCCAUGGAUCUGAAGACUGGCUCACUCCUGGUAGCCCCUGCCGUUAAGAACUCGAGCUGCUCGCAUCCUCGCUACUCGGGCCACAACUUCAUCGCUCACAUUGGCAUCGCAGAGACCAUUGAGGCAGUGCUCAUUCUGGUUCUCACCCUGGGCGUCAUUGGGGCCAACUGCCUGGUCAUUUUCGUCAUUAACAAUCGGCGCUAUGCCGCCUACAUUCACCAACAGCCCCGCUACCUGCUCACCUCACUGGCUUUGAAUGACCUGACAAUCGGUCUGUUAAUUACACCUUUUGGCCUAAUGCCGGCAUUGUUCCACUGUUGGCCAUACGGAGAGAUCUUCUGCCAGAUACAGGCCCUGCUCCGCGGCGCGCUUUCCCAGCAGAGCGCCGUCAUCCUGGUCUGCAUGGCCGUCGAUAGAUACAUGUGCGCCCUGCAUCCGCGUCGUUACUACCAGCACUCCAGCAAGAAGGGCUGUGUGGCCAUAUUGAGCUUGACCUGGAUUAUCAGUCUCACGGUGUUUGGCUUUCUGGUGCUGCCCAAAGGUUAUUACUUCAACAAUACGGGGCUAAUGGCCUGCGAGCCCUUCUACAGCAAGCCCUCCUAUAGGAUAUUGUCGACGUGCGCCCUCUACUUUCCCACUACAAUGGUCCUGAUGUAUUGCUAUGGGUCCAGCUUCCACAUGAGCCGCUUCCGCCUGAACGAUCCAACCAUGCCCCUAACGGCAGCCGCCCAUCAUCCGCAUCCGCAUCCACAUCCCACCGCCGCCCAGCAGCUCCAGCAGAUGCACCAGCAGCAACAGCAGCAGCAGGCGGGAAUGCACUCUCACCUCUACCACGGCCACUCUCACUCUCACCAUCCGCAUCCGCUUCAGCAUCAGCACCCACACCAUCCGCAUCCGCAUCACCUGGGCCACCUGGGCAUGGCCAUGAGCAUGGGGCUGGCUGGCAUGCCGAACAUGACAAACAAGAUUACCAAAAAGAUUGUACCCAUCCAAGAGAAGAACUCUAGUGGAUCAACCUCACGUUCGAUGGCUGCCAUUUCGCUGGGCUUCAUUGUGAUGGUCACACCGUGGACUAUUCAGGAGAUAGUCACUGCCUGCACGGGAUCCAAGCUGCCGCCGUUCCUCGAUUUCCUUGUCACCUGGACGGCGCUGAGUAAUAGCCUGUGGAACCCCUUCAUGUACUGGCUGCUCAACUCCGAUUUCCGUCGUCUGAGUCGCCAACUGAUGCCCAACAAGUGUUUCCCCCACGAGGACACGCCCGAACACAAAUCAGCCUGUUGUCACAUCAAUGCUAACGAUUUCGAAAUCACAACGCUUCCGAUUCCACCGGAACCGCCAUCGUCCCGCCCGCCAGGCGGAGGCAGUUCAGCCGCUGGCAGUGGGCCCAAUGCUUCCAGUGGCGGCGGAGUGGCCAGCACAAUUGGUGGCUCUGUGCUGGGGAUUUGUGCCCGCUCCCGGGCCAAUAGUUUGAGCCGCAGUGCCUCCCAGUACAUAAGGGGUACGAUGGGCGGCGGCGGCGGAAGCCAUAUCCACAAUGGGUCAGAGACAUACUCCACGACGCGGCCGGACAUCGAGGGUCUCUCGGAGAAGUACUGGGGAGAGAUCCUGGAGCGAACCAUGAGCUCGGGCAACCUUAGCGCCAUGCAGAAGAAUCUGCCCCACCUGCCCUACACCCACCACCUGGUGCACCAGCUCCACCAGCCGCAGCAGCAUCACCAGCAGCAAACCACCUCUUUCAGCAAGGCCAGCGACCUGCAGCUGAACCUCUCCCAGGCGGCCACGGCCGCCGAGCUGGGCAAGUUCUCCAACUCGGAGCCAAAGCUAUGUGAGCAUCUCUUCCAUGACAUCAACUGUGCCAAGAACAAGGCAGCCGGCGGAGGAGGCGGAAUCAUGAAUGGCUUAAGUGACGAUUCGUCCGCCAAGCUGACCUGCGGGCGCAGCAUUCCGGAUAUUUAGUACGCAGAGGACGUGAUCUUGGCCAAGACGCAGCUGCUGGCCCGCCAGGGCAAGUGCACGCACCAUACACAGCAUCAGCUGGCCAGGAUGCGAGCCCACCAGCACACGGGCAGUCUGCGGUUCAGCCGGAUCCGUGCCGCCUGCCAUAGUCCGCCGCCGGAGAAGGCCUCCGCUGUGGGUAUUCCGCUGGCCGAGUACCGGAAGUAGGUAGCCGAGAUUGGAACCGAUUCCGCAGGAGUGGUCUAAGCCAGUGGAAAAGUAGAGAGUGAGAAAUGAGCAAAUAUCUAUAAGAUUUCAUAGGUGUACGUACGUGAGUGUGUGUCUAUAUAAUAUCGCCGAGACAACCAUAAAGCUAUUUGUGUGUUGUCAUUUAGGGUUAGGAUUAGAAUCUAAGCGAUCAUAGAGGGGGUUGGUUUUGGUUUUAAGUUUUGGAUUAUGAAAAUAAACUCUAAUAAACUUUAGUUUGUUCGGAAAAUUAUAU